CGGGUCUUCGCGUUUCGAUGACGCACGCAGCUUACCUCAUACCUAUCUAUGGGCACGCUCUUACAGUUUUCAACACAUCGCAAAUUGGCGCUUCUUAUGGGAGAGCCUUAGAAUCUACGCUUAGUUAUGCCCAUGUCUGUUAAAGAUGCCACCUCAUGUACCGCGUAAGCGGUCAUUACCACCAGACAACAAUAGGCAUGUUGUGAAGCGGCCGAGAAAGUCAGCUGCUGAAACUCCUCCUUCAGCAAAUAGCCCGGCUAGGAAACCCACGUUAUGGGAUGAUCUAGAUUCUGCGUCCAAAAGGGGAUCAAUUGAGAAGACUAAAGCAGCAAUACAGCAGAUGCAGGAGGAUGAAGAUGACAGCACAUCUCUCAGCUCGUUAUCCGAUGCUCAAUUCGAGGAUGUCCCUGGAUUUAAAAGACAGGAAACCACUCAUAACCUUGACGAUUCUGAUGAGGAUGACGAGGAUAUAGAGUUUGAGGAUGUUCCAUCUCACGAACAACCGAACCAGCCUGAGUUGGAAAUGGGUGAUCUUGAGUUAACCCUGUACCAAGACAAUCGAGUCCUACCCCUAGCUAGUGAACUUGGAAAGAAAGGCCCUUCGAAGAGGGAGAAAGCCAUCCGUGUUGCUACUCAUUGUAUCCAUGUCCAGUUUCUACUAUGGCACAACGCCGUGCGGAACUCGUGGUUAUGCGACCCGGAAGUCCAAGCUGUACUGCUAUCCCACUUACCUCCCAGGCUAUGGGAGGAAGUCGAUCGGUGGAAACACAGUAGCGGAUUAGAAGCUACAGAGAAUGAAUGCAAAGCGAAAAAGAGUACUAAGUUAACAGCAAAGCAGAAACCUCGAUCAAAAAGAGAUUGGAGUGAAGCGGCGGAUCAUUUGGAAAAGGGGGUCCCGGACUUAAGCCAUGGGGAUCCUCUUUUCAGGCUCCUUAAAUGUUUGAUAGCUUGGUGGAAGCAAAGAUUUGCUAUAAUAACCCCUGGGCUGCGCAAAUGGGGCUAUAUGGACGCAAGGAGACUAGGCAAACUGAGAACCGCCUUUGAAAAAGAAGAAAACAAUCCAGCAAAGUUUGGAGAACGAGUUGAGAAUCUUGCCAAAUUCCGGCAAUUAGCCCAAGAUUGCACUGGCAGUAGAGAUAUUGGGGCACAGCUCUUUACUGCGCUCUUGCGAGGGCUAGGACUAAACGCAAGAAUGGUUGCAAAUAUCCAACCCCUAGGAUUCGGUUGGAGCAAAGCGGAGGAAGCCGACGAGGUGAUUGAGCAACAGAGAAAUGGCCACCAGGCCAAGGAGCCUGCAGCGAAGACGAGGACGGCUAAGAAAAAGGGAGCAACAAUAAGACUGGCUAGACGGCAAACAAGAAAGUCUGAUAGGGAUGCUCUCAGAAUAGAUAUAGACGAUUCUGACGAAUUCGCAGAACCUCUCAGUGAGAGCGAGGGGGAUGCAUCUGUAGUGGAUAUUACCGAUGAUGUCCGUCCUAAGCAAACGAAGUUGCAUGAUAAGGAUCUAGAGUUCCCUCAUUAUUGGACAGAGGUUCUAUCACCGGUUACGAAUAAGUACAUCGCUGUUGACCCAAUUGUUAAAUCUAUCAUAGGUACGAAUCGCGAACUGGUCGAGUCACUAGAGCCACGGGGUGGCAAGGCCGAUAAAGCCAAGCAGAUAAUGGCUUACUGCGUGGGAUUCUCUCAUGACGGUACCGCAAAAGAUGUGACUGUUCGCUACCUCAAAAAGCAAAUAUUUCCAGGCAAGACGAAAGGAAUCCGAAUGCCAGAAGAAAAAGUACCCAUAUACAACAAGCAUGGUAAAAUCCGUCGGUAUGAUCAGUUCAACUGGUUCAAAUCAAUUAUGAGCGGCUACUCUAGGGGUGACAAAAAGUAUCCCAUUACUGCACUGGACGAACUGGAAGAUUCCACAGAUCUCAAACCUGCCCAGCCUCAAAAAAAGGAGAUGAAGGAAGGAGAAGAGACAUUACAGUAUUACAAGACAUCAAAAGAAUAUGUUCUACAACGACACUUGAAAAGAGAAGAAGCAUUGCUUCCUAAUGCUCUUCCAGUCAAGAUCUUCCGUAACAAGGGUAAAGGUGGCAAGGUUGAGGAGGAAGAUGUUUACCUGCGAAGAGACGUUGUUUCCGUGAAAAGUGCCGAGACAUGGCAUAAACAAGGCCGCGCUCCAAUCGAUGGCGCCCAGCCGUUGAAACAUGCCCCGUACCGAGCAGCAACGACGAAUCGGCGCCGGGAGAUUGCCGAAGCCGAAGCUGCAACAGGCCAGAAAGUUUUGCAGCCACUCUAUAGCUUUGACCAGACUGACUGGAUUAUCCCUGACCCUAUUAAAAAUGGUGUCAUCCCAAAGAAUGAAUACGGUAAUAUUGAUAUGUUUGCUGAGCACAUGUGUCCAGAAGGGGCUGUUCAUGUUCCGUAUCGUGGACUCCCUCGGGUUUGCAAACGGCUUGGGGUCGAUUUUGCCGAAGCCGUUGUUGGAUUUGAGUUCGGUCAUCGUAUGGCUGUACCCGUCAUCCAAGGCGUAGUGAUAGCACAGGAAUACUAUGACCGUGUACUUGAGGAAUUGGAGAAAGAGGAAGCAGAACGAGCGAGAAAAGAAGAUGAAAAAAGAAGGAAAGCUGCUUUGGGCACUUGGAGACGGUUCCUCAUGGGACUACGGAUCGCAGAUCGUAUACGACAAGAGUAUGGACACCUAGAUGAAACUAUCGAUGUCCUUGACUCUGGCAACGAGAGCCAGAGGAAUGUUGAGAAUGGUAUGCAUGACGACGACUUCGGUGGAGGUUUCUUACCUGAAGGGUAUGAAGAAGAUGAACCGGAAAAAGAAGAGCCACGCCAAACUUCCAGCUUCUUCAAUGCGUCUGUCACUCACGACGACGAAGAUGACGAAGGUGAAGAUCCCUUCCAAGUAGAGUACGAUAAAGAGAGAAUAGAUCCCGAGCCUGUAGAGGCACGAGAUGAUGACUCCCACAACAGGUUGGAUGAAGCGCCCGCCAGGAGACGAGGGGGAGCAAACCCGAAAACUAAGUUUAAACCACAACAGUCGACUCGACGACGAACGAGGAGGAAGAAAGUUGAGUCGUCAGAUGAAGACCAAGACGCAGGCGACGAAGAAUUCAAACUAUCGGACGAUGACGAUUGAGGUGUAGUAAUGUACUCUUCUAUGACAUCGCACGGAUAUUGCCAUUUAUCUGGCUAUUAGACUUGUAUUCAACAGGUUCUGUCUUGGAUUUGCUAAUGGCGGGCAAGGGGCCGUUUCCCUCACUUAUCGCCCCCCAUGUUGAAAUUUACAUCUCCAUCAUUGGACGGUCAAAUCACGGGGCGAAUCUGACCUCGAACGACUGGUCCACUGUCUUCUACCAGCCUCUUCAUUGCAGCAACACUGAACGUAAUCUUUGGACAAACAGCUUUCGAUGUUGGGAUGCAAGUAUGCCGUGUUCCUGAUUAUUUCGAGGCUGGACUAUUGCUCUGAAUCACAUUCACCAAGUACCAAGCCUAUCCCAUAUCUGUGCAGUGGCUCUGCCACCUUUCAAUAAUGAUGUUUGUGUGCUACUGCGUGUCUCAUUGGUACCUACACUGCCUAAUCUAGAUAUCUCAUACCUCCAUAUUCUCAUAAAAUUCCGAUCUCAAUG